AUGGAUAAGAAGCGGCAGUUGCAAUCAGCUUUUGCAAUUUUAACUUGCGGUCUUGAUACUUUCGAGGAGUUGUUGCUGCAUGGCUUGACGCUUGAAGGUUGCAUGUUGUUACCGCUUCUGCAUCUUUCAAGAGAUCACAAAAUGAGACUGGUGAUUUGGGAGCCGCUUCUUGUCCGUCAGAACUUAGAUCGGUCAUGGUCGUCAGUUCAAACUCGGGCAAGUCACCGUCAAGGGAUUCCAAAAAGAUGGAUAUCCACUGAUAGCUGUCUUCAGGACUUGAUUAAUUCAGUUGAGAAAGUGCCACACUCGGAUUGUAUGAGAAUAUUACAAGCCCUUAAAAACUAG